AUGGGAAAAUCACAGAGACGUGUCAACGACUCAAUACAUUGGUAUAUGAAUGAGUUGACAGCUCGAAUAAUAGCCAAGUCAGGAAAUCCCGACGACAGGUUCCAUAUGGGGAAAAUAUUGUUGCAGAGCUUCAAAGAUGAACCUGAAUUAGUGACAAUUAUCGACGGGGCAACAGGAGAAUCAAUUAAAAAUAAAGAAUUGUUGGAGCGGAGCGUGAGAUGUGCCAACUGUUUCAAAAAUAUAGGCUUAAAAAAGGGUGAUGUCAUAAUCCUGAUGGCUCCUAAUCACAUCGACUUGUCUAUUGCAUUUUAUGCUGCUCUGUUUGUUGGAAUUGUUGUCGCACCUAUUGAUAAAACUCUUGGUGUUAAUGAACUCCAAGACACAUUCGAAAAUAAUACGCCAAAAAUUGUAUUCUGCCAGAACGAGAGGGCUUCAGAUGUCGAGGCAGCUCUAAAACCAUUGAAUUUAGAUACGAAAAUAAUAACUUUUGACAAAGGAAAUUAUUACAGUUUCUUUAACUUUUUAGAAGAAUUUGGCAAGAAUUCUAAUGUCGAGGAAUUCGAAGUGAGUAUGUUUGAUCCGAAGGAGACAACAGCUUUUUUAAUUUCAACUAGUGGCACAUCUGGUAGACCAAAGGCGGCAGUAGUAACGCAAAUGAAUGUGACAGUAUCAGUUCCAUAUUUGUGGGUUAAACAUCAAGAUUUUCCGAAACCAACUCAACUAGCUUUAGUGUGUUCUCCAUUGCAAUGGCUGACUGCUAUACUUCUUUUUUUAUUGACUCCAAUAGUCAGAGUCUCAAGGGUUCAGAGUUCAUUACCGUUGACUCAACAACACACGUAUUAUCUCAUUAAUACAUAUAAACCGUCCUUCACACUAAUGUCACCAACAUUCCUAGCUACGUUAUUGAAGCCUGGUGAUCGCGACAAAUGCGAUUUUACUUGCUUGGAUAUGAUUCAAAUUGGCGGCAGUGCAGUUCCACAGAACCUUAUAGAAGAAUUGAAGUCGGUAGCACCAGACACGGAUGCAGUUAAUGUUUAUGGACUGAGCGAACUGAGUUCUAUUGCAUUGGUUUCAAGUCAUAGUGGAAGAGCUCCAGCAGGAUCCUGUGGUAACGCAUUAGGACAUUUACAAUAUCGAUUGGUUGAUGUAGAGACUCAACAAGAUAUAUUGGAACCAAAUGUUUCCGGAGAGCUGUGGCUAAAAGGGCCAGGAGUUUUCAAAGAAUAUUACAAAAAUCCAAUUGCAACUGCAGAAGCGUUCAGUGAGGAUGGUUGGUUCAAAACCGGCGACUCUUUCUACCGGGAUGAGAACUGGAAUUACUAUUUUACGGAUCGGAUAAAAUUUUUAUUGAAAUACAUGAACAAUCAGAUAUCACCAAUAGAAGUAGAAAAUGUGAUCAGACAGCAUCCAGGCGUGUUAGAUGUGGCAGUCACUGGCAUACCAGAUAUGUGUGGCGAACUGCCGGUCGCAUGCGUGGUGCCCAGACCUGGAAUUUCUGUAACAGCAGAGGAUAUUAAGAACAUAGUAAAAGAUUCGCUGUCGGAUGCAAAACAAUUAAGAGGAGGAGUCAUAUUUAUAAAUGAAAUACCCAGUUUACCCAGCACAAAGAUAAAUCGACGAAAACUAAAGGAAAUGGCUCUCAAAAUGGAAAGAGAAUAAAAUAUACACUCUAUUUGAUAUAUAUUUUCUUGG